AUGUUUGCCUCCGGUGUUGUUAAAUUGACCAGUGGCAGUCCAACAUGGUGGGAACUUACUGCUUUGAACUGGCACUACGAGUCUCAGUGUAUCCCUACUCCUCUUGCGUGGUUUGCACAUCAGUUGCCCUCCUGGUUUCAAAGAUUUAGUGUUAUGAUGACGUUUGUGAUAGAAAUACCGAUCCCAUUCUUAUUCUUUUCACCGAUAAGAUCCCUACGAAUGUUUGCUUUUUAUUUGCAGGUGACGUUCCAGUUGCUGAUAAUUGCCACAGGAAAUUAUAAUUUCUCUAAUUUGCUCACCAUCGCUCUGUGCUUGUCACUUCUUUAUGACAAUGGUCUACCGUUUACUGGCAUAUUGUCUUGUGAACUUAAUGGAAGAUGUCCCCUUUUUAAUGUUAUUGUUAAUGCCAUCAGGAAGUUGAUUGUUCUGGUUGUUGCAUUUGUCUUCGUUUAUUGGAUCCAGCGUUUAUUUUUAGUGGAAUUUGAUAGCAAAAAUAUUCUCAUCACAAAAAUAGGUCAGGAAAUUUCAGGUUUCUUGACUUGA